AUGGGCACAUUGAGUCCUGCAUGUCUAAGUGACAAGUUCCAAACCGCAUCACGCUCCACCAAAUCCAAGUCGGUCGUUCUCUCGAGCAAUGAGACUUCACCGAAUCUCACGGAGCAUCCAGUGGAGUCUUUCGAUGCGUCAAUACCCCCUGUGGAUCCGACAAAUAACCCUCCGGAUGGAGGAUACGGAUGGGUCUGCGUCGUUGCCGCCGCGGUGAUGAAUGCGCAUUCCUGGGGUUUCAACUCAGCCUAUGGCGUCUUUCUUGCCUACUACCUCAGUCAUCAAACAUUUGACGGGGCCUCGAGAUUGGAAUAUGCAUUUGUGGGCUCUUUGAGCUUGACAGUAAUGUUCCUUGUUUCUCCAAUCGCGACAAUCUCCACGCUCAGGUACGGGAUCCGAAAAACGAUGUUCGUCGGUGUCAUGUUUGAGACCGCUAGUUUCAUUUGCGCUAGCUUCGCUUCCAAACUCUGGCACCUCUUCAUCACCCAGGGUUUGAUGUUCGGUUUGGGGAUGGGCUUGAUCUACAUUCCAGUAGCCUCUGUGGUUCCGCAGUGGUUCACUUCGAAACGAUCGCUCGCUAGUGGCGUGUCUCUUUCCGGGGCCGGCCUGGGAGGUCUCGUUUACUCCUUGGUGGCUGAAGCGAUGAUUGCUAGCAUCGGCCUGGGCUGGGCUUUUAGGGUUCUUGGACUUCUUGCAUUCUGUGUCAAUACCACUUGUGUUCUCUUGAUCAAGGAUCGGGGACAGAAAACUAAAGCCCGAAAGGUGACCAUGCGAGUUGAUCUAUUCGAGAAAACAGACUUUGACCUCCUGGUUGGGUAUUCCUUCUUCACGGUCUUAGGAUACUUCAUCUUGAUCUACAGCCUUGCCAACUAUGGGGUUGAAAUUGGCCUCACAUCCUCCCAAGCCUCACUUGUCAGCGGUAUCUUCAACUUGGGUCAAGCAAUUGGACGACCUCUCAUUGGUUAUUUCAGUGACACCGUUGGCCGCAUCAAGAUGGCUGGCAUCGCAACUUUUGCUGCUGGGGUCAUAGGAUUGGCUGUCUGGGUCAAUGCUAAGAGUUACGGCCUUUUGAUGUUCUUCGCUGUUGCUGAAGGUCUCGUCGCAGGCAAUUUCUGGCCUUUGAUUGCACCAUUGGUUGCUGAGGUACUUGGGUUGGGACAAGUAUCACAUGGCAUGAACCUCAUCUGGUUAAGCAUCGUUGUACCUUCGACAUUCUCCGAGCCAAUUGCGUUGGGCAUAACUAGUGCGACUGGGAAGUAUCUCGGCGCUCAGUUGUUCGUGGGCUUUAUGUAUAUUGCAGCCUCCGGGUUUCUCGCCUUGCUCUGGCUGCGAUGCCGCAAGCAGGGAAAAUAA